CCUGUGUGAAUUCAGAUUAGACUGGGUUAAAUUUUCCCCACGUGUUUUUAUUUUGCAAUUGUUUUGACAUUUAAUAAUUAUUAAAAUCAAAAAUAAAAAUGGGAAAAGCAAAGAAAAUUAAAGUAUCGAAAGGAGACAAAAAUAUACCAAAACUUGGACUUGCUGAACAAAUUGAAGAUGAUAAAGCAGUAAAAAUGAAAAAUAGAAAAAAAGUCAGAAUUCGUAAUGAUGAAGACGAAGAGGUUGUUGAUUCAGCGUUAACACAAAGAAUUCUUUCACAAGCACGUAGACAACAAAUGGAAAUAGAAGAAGAACACGGUUUGGGAAAUAGUUCGAAAAAAACAACAAAACGAAUAACAAAACUUGGCGAUGAUCUUAGCGAUUCAAAUGAUGAAUUAAGUGAUAAUGAUGAAUUUCAUAAUAAUGAAUAUUAUGAGGAUAUUGUUAUUAAUGAAGAAGAUGAGAAGGCAUUACAAAUGUUUAUGGAUCGUGAUCGUGCACCAGCGCGAACACUUGCUGAUAUUAUAAUGGAAAAAUUAACUGAGAAAAAAACUGAAAUUGAUACACAAUUUUCUGAUAUUGGUUCAAUGCAAAUGCAAGAUUUAGAUCCACGUGUUGUAACAAUGUAUGAGGGUGUACGCGAUGUACUUGCAAAUUAUCGUUCAGGUAAAUUACCAAAGGCAUUUAAAGUAAUACCAAAUUUACGUAAUUGGGAACAAAUUCUUUAUAUUACUGAUCCAUCAAAAUGGUCAGCGGCUGCAAUGUAUCAAGCAUCAAGAAUAUUUGCAUCAAAUAUGAAAGAUAAUAUGGCACAAAAAUUUUAUAAUUUAGUUCUAUUGCCACGUAUACGUGAUGAUAUUGAAGAAUAUAAAAGAUUAAAUUUUCAUUUAUAUCAAGCGCUAAUGAAGGCAUUAUAUAAACCCGGUGCAUUUAUGAAGGGUUUUUUGGUUCCUUUAUUGGAAUCAGGAAAUUGUACAUUACGAGAAGCUGUUCUUAUUGGUUCGGUAAUUACAAAAAGAUCGAUACCAAUUCUUCAUUCAGCUGCGGCUAUUUUAAAAAUUGCCGAAAUGGAUUAUACCGGGGCAAAUAGUAUAUUUUUGAGAAUAUUUUUCGAUAAAAAAUACGCACUACCUUAUCGUGUUGUCGAUGGUGCUGUUUUUCAUUUUCUCAGAUUUAGAAACGAUCGACGUGUGUUACCCGUUUUGUGGCAUCAAGCACUUUUAACGUUUGUUCAACGUUACAAAAGCGAUAUAAGCACCGAGCAAAAAGAAUCCUUACUCGAAUUAUUAAAACAUCAAUCACAUCCUGUAAUUACACCCGAAGUACGUCGAGAAUUGCAACAUGCAAAAUGUCGAGAUUCCGAAAUAUCGGAACCUAUUCCCGAACCAAUGGCAGAAUAAUUUUUUUUUUUCAAAAAAAAAAAAAAAUUCCUAAAACAAAUGAUUACAAUGUUAUUUUAUUUUCAUAAUGAAAAAUAAAAGCGAAAAAAAAAAAUUCGAUGCAUUUUUAUGAUUAAGUAUAUUAUAAUACACGUACAAGUUUGACAUAUUUUCAUUGUACAUUAAAUACGAUUGAAUAAUAACACAUCAAACACGCUCUCAUUUACACUAUGUGUUUUUUUUUCUUAUGAAAUUGAAUCGUGUUUGCUCGAAAGAUUUUUCGCUUAUUUAAAUAAUUAUAACGAAGAACAAAGUUUUCUUUUCUUUUUUUUGUAAAAAAUAAUAUAUGUCAGUUAUUUUAUGUACUUAUGUAUGUACAAAUUUGAAACGAAUAAAUUAGGAAAAAAAACUA